UAGGUUAACUUUUUCACAAAUUGCUUCGAUUGGCAAGGAUUUAACUGUGUAGUUCAAUAUUUUUAUGCUUUGUUUUUAAUUUUACCACAUGCAGCUAGGCCUUCUAUUGCAUAUUUUCAUUUCCAUUUUGAUAAUUUGACAUGGUCUUGGUAAUGCAUUUGAAAACUAGACUCCAUAUUUUUGUAUGCUCACUUCAGUAUAUGUGGGCAUUGGAAUUUGCCAGUUUAACUUCCCUUCAUCCAGUCCCUUGCCCUACCCUAUACCCUAUUCCUCCCCCUUCCAAACCUUUACUCCAUCGCUGGCAGCAAAGAACGGAGCAGGAACUAUUGGGCAUCGUAUUCCACUGGCUCAUGGCUUCACCAUUGCUUCCUUAGGGCGUAACGCUAUGGCGAGCAAUGUCACUAACAAGACAGACCCUCGCUCGCUAAACUCGCGUGUGUUCAUUGGGAACCUAAAUACACUAGUGGUAAAGAAGACUGAUGUUGAAGCAAUUUUCUCCAAAUAUGGCAAGAUUGUUGGCUGUUCUGUGCACAAAGGUUUUGCUUUUGUGCAAUAUGUCAAUGAGCGUAAUGCUCGCACUGCUGUGGCAGGAGAAGAUGGCCGUAUGAUUGCUGGACAGGUUCUGGAUAUAAAUUUGGCUGCUGAACCCAAAGUAAACAGAGCGAAAGGAGCCGGCGUUAAGCGAUCAGCAACAGAUAUGUACGGAUCAUCCUUCGAUUUAGACUAUGAUUUCCAGCGAGAAUAUUAUGACAGUUAUUCUGCAGCUCGUGUGCCUCCUCCCCCUGCUAUUGCUAGAGCAGUGGUGCCCUCUAAACGUCAACGAGUUUCAGGCAACACUUCUCGGCGGGGAAAGAGUGGCUUCAACUCAAAAAGUGGUCAGCGUGGUGGAUCCUCAAAGUCUAGCAGGUUGAAGGGUGAUGAUUUACAGUCAGUUAAGAAAGAACUCAGUCAAAUUAAACAGAGGGUAGACUCUUUACUGGAAAGCCUGGAAAGGAUUGAGCGUGAACAAUCUAAGCAAGAGUCAAAAGUAGAUGAUGAGCAGAGCAGCAGUUCUGCAAAGAAAGAAGAAACAAGUGUGAAAAUGAUUUCAGAGGAAGCAGACGAUUCUGUAGAGGAAGGAGAUCUACUUGAUGAUGAUGAACAUGGGGAGGAUACGCUGGAAGAAAUUAAAGAUGGUGACAAAGAAACAGAAGAAGGUGAAGAUGAAGGAGACAGUGCAAAUGAAGAAGACUCUUAAAAAUUCUACCCGGCACCAUAUCCCUUGUCUAGUGUCAGCUUCUGGCUUUUUGUUUUGGUCACCAUGCUCAUUCAUUUCAAGCCUGUUUAAUAUGCUCCCUUAUUGUACUUUUCAUUUUGAUACCUUUGCGACUUCUAGAAUAAAAGUGUAUUGUUUUUA